UCUUUGCCAUGCCACCGCGCAAGCGGAAACUACACCAGGAAGACUGCCCCCCCACCAUUGGAGGAUGUGGGACUCCGAGCUGCUUAAACCUGCAGCGGAUUUGUUAGCAAAAUUGUUGGCAACCAGGCCUAAGAUGAGAUAUGGCCCAUAGUUGGCAGGAUCCUUGAAAUUGGUGGCCAAGCGCGUGGCAGGUGCCACUGAUCCUUGGUGGAGGGAACUCAAGGCCCGACUUCCACGCAAGACUUGGCAGAAGCAAACUGCUUCAAAUGGAGAAGCUCUCGAGCUUGAGGCCAAGCGGCUUCACACUGCCAUGGCCAAGUGGCGCAAUGCCAGUAGCAAUGAGAGGAUGACCAUGUUGGAGAAUAUCAGGAGGAAGCUGCUGUUUGGGGAUGGUGACCACGAGCAACGCCAGAAACUGCUGAGAGUGGUACUGCGAAAAGUGGUGGCAUCAAUGUCAGCCCCCAGGCAUCAUGUUGCUGGUAAACGGAGGCAGGAAUGUCAAGCAGAAACAGAACCAGCAGGGCCUAGCCAACAGGAGCUGAGACAUCUUUUGUUGAAGGUGCUGCAGCAAGUGAGCCUCAAGGAUGCGAAGGUGAAACCUCUUCUCAGACAUUUGGAGCAACUGAUUGCCCGUUUCGACGGACAGCUGGAAGAAGCUGCCUGUUCAUCUCAGUGGCUGCGAAUUUCUGGUUUCCUGCAGGGCUAGGAUGAGGCACGCCGCGGACGUUGGAGCGAAGAGGAGAAAGAGGAGGUGUGGCAGUUUUUGCAAGAUGAACUGCAGAGAUCUGGAGAGGCGAACUCGGUCCUAUGGGGAAAGCCUCUACCAGAUUUCAAAGGUCCAGCAGCGCCAUUCAAGUUUUCUGGCGCUCCCGAGCAGAUGCCCGGUAUGCUCCCCCGGAAGCAGAUCGAGCAAGGCACCCGCGAGGAUUGAUCAAACAGGUGGUCGGCGAGGCCAUACAGAAACUAGGGGGGCGAAGCUACGAGCUGUCAACUGAUCCAGAUGAUUGACACUGAUCCAGAGAUCCAGCAGACCUAUGGAGAUCGAUUGCUAAGGCACAUGACUCGAAUCAGGGGCGACAUGAACUCCCUGCCAGCUUGGCAGUGCACAGUCCGAUCCGGCGUGGAUAAAUGGCCAGAAGCGGCCGGCGGGUGGUGUACAGACUCAAGUCUCAACGCUGAUGAUUGGAAAUGCACAUGCAAAUGUAGCAACGGG